AUGGCUGAAUCUUUUUUUUCUGACUUUGGCUUGUUGUGGUACCUGGAGGAGCUCAAAAAGGAAGAGUUCUGGAAAUGUAAGGAGCUCCUCAAACAAGAACCUCUGAAAUUCGAACUCAAGCCAAUCCCAUGGACUGAGCUAAAGAAGGCUUCACGAGAAAAUCUCUCAAAGCUGUUGAGCAAGCAUUACCCAGGAAAACUGGUCUGGGAUGUGACCCUGAGUCUGUUUCUACAGAUCAAUCAGAGAGAUCUCUGGAUGAAGGCUCGGGACAAGAUCAGACAUAAGCUAAACCCGUAUAGAAACCACAUGAAGAAAAAAUUCCGAGUCAUAUGGGAAAAGGAGACCUGUCUUCAAGUUCCCGAGGAUUUCUACAAAGAAAUCACAAAGAAUGAAUGUGAACAGCUGAGUGCUGUCUACCUUCCUGUGGAGACGCCUGGAAAGCCCUCACCCACUGUGAUCUUGCAGGGUCCUGAAGGAGUUGGAAAAACAACCCUUUUGAGAAAAGUGGUGCUGGAAUGGGCAGAGGGAAACCUAUGGAGGGACAGGUUCUCGUUCGUCUUCUUCCUCAAAGGCAGUGAAAUGAACCGUGUCACAGACACGAGCCUAGUGGAGCUCCUCUCCAGGGACUGGCCCGAGUCUUCAGAACCUAUCCAAGACAUUUUUUCCCAGCCGGAGAGAGUCCUGUUCAUCCUGGAUGGCUUGGAGGAACUGAAACAUACCUUGGCGCUUGACGCUGACCUGUGCGGUGACUGGGAGCAGCGGCGGCCAGUGCAGGUUGUCCUGAGCAGUUUGCUGCACAAAAAGAUGCUCCCAGAAUCCUCUCUGCUGAUCGCCCUGGGAAAGAUGGGUAUGAAAAAAAAUUAUUCCUUGUUGUGUCAGACAAAAUGCACAUUUCUCCUGGGGUUCUCUGAACGCCAAAGGAAGCUGUAUUUCUCCCACUACUUCCAGGAGGAGAAUAAAUCCUCGAGAGCCUUCACUUUUGUGAGAGAGAAGAGACGGCUGUUUGUCUUGUGCCGAAGUCCUUUUUUUUGCUGGUUGGUUUGCACUUGCUUGAAGUGGCAGCUGGAGAAGGGAGAAGACCUGAAGAUUGCCUUCGAAAGCGUCACUUCUUUGUAUGUGUCCUCCUUGGCAAACGUUUUCAAAGCAGCAAGUGGGAAUUGUCCACCCAAACAGAACAAAGCCCGUCUAAGAAGCCUCUGUACCUUGGCUGCAGAGGGAAUGUGGACUCACACGUUUCUGUUUUGCCCUGGGGAUCUCAGGAGGAAUGGGGUGUCUGAAUCUGACGCCUUGCUGUGGGUGGACAUGGGACUUCUUCAAAGGAGCGGUAGCUGCCUCACCUUCCCCCAAACGUGCAUCCAGGAAUUUUGUGCCACCCUCUUCUACGUGUUCAAAUGACCCAAGGGCCAUCCUCACCCAGUCAUCGGAAGUGUGACCCAGCUCGUCACAACAGCCAUGAGCGAAGCCCACUCCCACUUGUGCUGGAUGAGGUUCCUGUUUGCAUUCUCAACUGAAAAAACAACCUACGUGCUGGAGACAUCCUUUGGUUUUCUACUGUCCAAAGAGAUAAAACAGGAAAUAACCCAAAGCCUUGAAACUUUGAGUCAAUGGCGACUCCGAUAAGGUCGUGGUGAGUUUCCAGGAAUUGUUCAGUUGUUUGAGACCCAGCAACAAGAAUUUGUAGCCCAAAUGAUGAAUUUCUUCAAAGAAAUUGAGAUUUAUAUUGGUACCAUUGAAGAAUUGAUAGUAUCUGCAUUCUGUCUGAAACAUUGCCAAAGUUUGCAGAGAUUUCACCUGUGUUUACAAAAUGUCUUUUCAGAUGAAUCUGGAUCUGUCUCAAAUACCAUGGAGAAGCUCUCCCUCUGGCGGGAUCUCUGCUCAGCGUAUAUGGCCAGUGAGAACUUCCAGAUGUUAGAUUUGGACAGCUGUCCAUUGGACGAGGCCUCCCUGGCGAUUCUCUGCAGGACGCUGCCUCAGCCUGUCUGUAAACUCCAGAAGUGCAUGUAUAACUGUGCUUCGAACCUUGCAAACAGCCUAGACUUCUUUAAGGUCAUUCGUCAUAACCCUCAUUUGAAACACCUGAACCUCCGCAGCACUGGCCUCUCCUGUACGGAUGUCAAGCAUCUCUGUGAGACGCUAAAACAGCCAGUGUGUAACGUAGAAGCACUGAUGUUGGGAAGCUGUGACGUCACGGAUGAAGCCUGCGAAGACAUUGCCUCUGUUCUCACCCACAACAAGAAGCUGAAGCUUCUCUCCUUGGUAGAAAACCCCCUGAAGGACGAAGGAGUGAGGGUCUGUGACGCCCUGAAGAACCCAGACUGUGCCCUGGAGGCCCUGCUUUUGGAGUACUGCUGCCUCACCUCUGUAGCCUGCGACUACCUCUCCCAAGUCCUUCUGUGCAAUGAAUUCCUGUCUUUUCUUGAUCUGGGGUUAAAUUUCCUGGAAGAUGAUGGAGUGAUAACUCUGUGUGAAUCACUGAAGCACCCAAACUGCAACCUACAGAAGAUGUGGUUGAUGAGCUGUUACUUCACGUCUGUUUGCUGUGUGGACAUUGCUACUGUUCUUAUUCACAGUGAGACACAAACAGCCCUGAAACUAAAGAACAACAAGAUAUACGACACUGGUGUCAGACAGUUAUGUGAAGCUUUAAAGCAUCCUAAGUGUAAAUUAGAGAAUCUUGGGCUGGAGAUGUGUGAGCUCACAUCUGCCUGUUGUGAGGACCUGGCCUUGGCUCUUACUGUCUGUAAGUCACUGAAGUGCGUGAACCUGGAAUGGAUUAGCUUGGACCGUGAUGGGGUGGUGGUGCUGUGUGAAGCCUUGAGCAGUCUGGAAUGUGGCCUGCAGGUGCUUGGCCUGAAUAAAUAUUCAUAUGAUGAGGACGUUCAGAGGCUGCUGACAGAGGUGGAGGAGGCGCACCCCCACCUGACCGUGUCUCAGGAUCUCUGGACUGAUUACGAGAGCAGGAUCAGGGGUGUGCUUGUUUGA